AUGAAGAUUUUACAAAUUCCGGUGUUUAUAUUUUUCGCCAGUGCCUUUGCGCAGGAUGAUGUCGGGGAGGAUCAAGCUCCAGAACCGGAAGGAGAGCCGGAGCCCCAAUUUGAGUGCUUUUCCUGUGAGCUAGACGAUGGCACUUGUGGCGGAAAUCAGACAGAUGCUAGUCCGACCGUGACUUGCCCACCAGGAUUCAGCUGUUCCACAGUUCUCAUCUCCUCGGACGGAGAGGAAAAGUAUAAACGCGGGUGUACCCGCACAUGCGAGGAAUAUUGCGUUGGCCAUUACGAUCCCGCAUCCGAAGGAGGUGAGGUGCCAGAACUUGACUUUUUCGCGUGUACAAGCUGCUGCCAAGGCGAUAAAUGCAACCGAAAUUUGAUCACGUAUUCCUCUGCCUUUACUCUAUCCUCUUCCUUGAUCGCAUCACUGACUGCUAUUCUCAUGCUCCUUAUUUGA